AUGCUGCACUAUGCUCGGUCCCAUGAUGCUUUUAUAUCAGGUCUGGGCGAAGUCAAUGGGGCCAUCGUACAGGCCUCAAGAUCCAACCAGCACCUGAAUAUUGCCAGACACCCGGCAUGGAACUUCAUAUGGCCAGGAUGGCAGAAGCCCACGCGACAGCAUGACGCGGCUGAGUUUCUGCAGCACCUUUGCAACCGCACGGACUGCGUGGCACUCAAGGGGGGAUGGGAAGCUAGACGCCCACAAGCAGGGGCAUAUGAAAUCCUGGAUGAGCAGUUCAACUGUCCACACAUAAGACUGGUGGUCCAACACCCCUUCAGAAUACAGGAUGCAGUAACUGCUUGGCAUACACAAGACCCGCCACAUGCCUUAACUAGACCCCCCGAACUUCUCAUCCUCCAGAUCGGACGAUUUGUCCAAUCAGCCGGAGGCAUUAGGAAAACGCGGCAGAGGAUUGAAAUGCACAAAAACCUCACAGUUCCCACCUUCACUGGACAUGCCGGUGACGUUGUCAACACCCCGUACAAGCUAUGCGGAGGGGUCAUGCAUAUAGGCAAGGUGGUAACGGCCGGGCACUAUCAGGCAUUCUACUUUCCUGGUGACACUGAGGAUAUUUGGUCCUGCCACCUCGUACAUGACGACGGCCAGACCGCCACGCCAGGGACGGAUGCCACGCGACAGGCCAUUCUUACCAACUGCUACUUGCUUGCAUACCGCAUCAAUAGCCAUGUGAUCUCGCGCAUGCCAUCCCCCAUGUCCGCUGGACCCCGCCGGGAAGCAGUUCUCAAGCCUCCAGUGGCAAAGAGUGUCAAGCCAAGGCCCAAGUCCAGGAUGCUGGAGCGACCGCAGCCUUCAACUGCUUCGAAGGCGAGGGCGUCGACCCUUGCAAAGACUGGUCCGGCCGAAGCACUGAUCACACCGCGGAAAGCGGACACGUUCAGCCUGUUGACGGUGCCCCUGGAAAGCGAGAAAGUCAAAACAAAGAAACGCAGCAGAGAGGAGAGUUCAAAUGCCUCGACCAGUCCGAGCAGAAGUCCUGCGCGCAAAGCUGGGCAACGACGUCUGGUUCAGAGGAGAGCAAGGCGCCGAGCGAAAGCCAUGGUGGAUCACCACUUGGACGGAGUGUCGCAUCUGGAGCAGCAAGCUGUUGGAGAAGCGACCUCCAAGCAGUACCAGAAGGAGCUUCAGUCCUUCCUCAGCUUUGCAAAGCCCCGGGGAUUGGUGAUGACCAAUGCCAAGAUAGUGGACGGGCUUCUCGUGGACUACAUGAACCGGAUGUAUCUGGACGGCCAUCAGAGCUACCGAGCCGACAGGUUGAUGGCUGCCAUUCUCCACCGCUUCCCACAAUUUGGCCGGUUGGGGGACCAGAAAUUACCGCGGGCCUGGCGAGCGCUCAAGGGCUACAGACGGCUGACGCCGGGGAAGUCCCGGUUGGCCUACCCCUUAGCCUUGUGGGCAGCCUUUGCGGUGGAGCUGAAGCGCUUAGGAUGCCUGAGGAUGGCUCUUUUCAUGCUCCUUGCUGUGAGCACCUACGCCAGGCCGUCGGAGCUCCUUCGGGCAAAAGUGUUCAGUCUGGUGCGGCCCGCGCGAGGGAUCACGAGCAGCUGGUCGUUACUGCUGGCGCCGGAGGAGGAGGAGAUAGCCACGAAAACGGGGGAUUACGAUGUCUCGAUCCCUCUGGACAGCCCGUGGUUGAAAGGCUGGAGCCACGCGUUAUUCGACUGUCUGAAGCAAUCCCACCCAACAGCACCCCUCUGGGAUUUCAACUACCAAGAGUACCAGCUCAUGAUGAAGCAAAUCUCGGACAUGUUUGGUGUGGACGUGACGCCGUAUCAGACCCGGCACUCGGGUCCCUCCAUCGACCGCGCUCGGCAAUACCGCAGCCUCUUGGAGGUGCAGAAGCGCGGGCAGUGGAAAGCGCACAAAAGCGUGGCGCGCUACGAAAAGAGCGCCAGGCCUGGGCAGUAUGUGAUGGAUCUUUUCUCCGGCCAAGGAGGAGUCGGUCGUGCAGUGCGACAUUUUGGCUUCAACGCCAAAUUUUGGGAUAUCCGUUUUGGGACAGAUCAUGAUUUGACCAACAAGGGUGUGCUUCAGAAAAUCCUUCGUGAGAUCCGGCAAGGUCGAGUUUUAGCAUGCAUGCUUGCUCCAGUUUGCGCCAGCUUCGGACGGGGUUGUGACCGCACAAAGGCGAUCAGGACACGCGCAGAACCCUGGGGCAUCAGUGCAAACAAGCUCACCGCUGCCGAACGUGACAGCAUCCUCCUAGGCAAUCGUUGCUUUGUCUCAUGUUUCCGCAUCAUGCGCGAGCUAGACAAGUUCAAGAUACCUUACAUCCUUGAGAAUCCUGCAUACUCCAAGGCGUGGUGGCUCCCAGCACUUCAGCGGCACCAGUCCCGGCCUUGGGUUCGGUUCGUGCAGGGUGACUUUUGCCAGUUUGGUUCCUCUUGGCAGAAAACCACAACAUUUCUGUGUGCGCAUAUUCCUGAAGAUGAUUUGCACCGGCUGGCGUGCACCUGCCAGGGGCCACCAGGAAUCUGCAGUCGCACCCUGAAGCCGCACGUCCUUCUUUCAGGAAAUUGGCGAGGAAGGCCGCGCGCCCAAUGGGCGGAAAUAUACCCCAACAAGCUUAGCACCGCGUUGGCAUACGCGUUAACUGCUGCCCACCACAUCCCUCCCUAUUCGUGA